UAAAAUGAAAGUAUUAUUUCAUCAGUCUCCGUUACAACUAAAUUAACUAGUCUAAUUUGAUAUAAAAUACAAUAUAAUACAUCUGUAAUUUACUCUUUUAAAUCAGUUAAACAACGACAAUAAUCAUGAUUAAAUCAAUUGUAUUUGUUAUCUUAAUUUCCAACUCAUUUUCUUUGAUUCAUUUUGAUAAGCAAAAUAUAAUAAUGAUACUGGAUUCAAUAGAUUCUCAAGAUGGUGACCGCCAAGCUAAAAUCAUAGGAGAUCUACAAACUUGUAUGGAUAAUUUAUCCAAAGCUAUUCACAUCGAUGACCAUUGUGCCAAAAAGGUCCGACAUCCUAUGGAAAGAAAAUUGCGUUCUGCUACUGGAAGCGGCUUAGAAAUCGAGCAGAAGGAAAAAUGUGCAGAUCAAAUUUGUUCGGGAAGAAAGGAUGAUCCUGACUGUGAAUUAUAUUUGUCUUGUUUAGAAAAGAUUGAACAAUUAUUGUAAUUGGAUUUAAAUAUCAACAAUCUACGAUAAAUAUUGAUGAAUAUCAAGUGUUUCGAAUUAUCCAAUUUGUUUGGUUGACUGUUGUUGGAUUUUCAUUGACUUGUAGCCAUUAAUUGUAGUGAUUAAGAAGAAACAAA